GAUGCAUACCCAAAUUUGCUUUUUGCUUCUCUUUCUCGCCACCGCAUGCCAUGCGGCCUUCGUUCCGUUCACGCGCUUUGAUAACGCCAACCAGGCUAGCCGUGACGCUUGGCUCGCGAUGUGGAGCACCCAAGCCAUGCAGAUGCUGACGACCUUGCAGGAGGCGCGCGGAUUGCAGCCGCUGCACAUAUAUAUGAACGGCGACAGUACAUUUCGGCAACAGAAGAACUUCCUGUGCUCCUUCCUGCAGCCCGGAUUCAUAAAGGGUGGCUGGGCGCUGGAUAACACGUUCCUUCACGAGCAGCGCGAGUCGAGCUGCUACCACCCGGGCCUGCGGCUGCGUGUCACCUUCAUCGACAACAGCUGCUGCGACACGCGGCGCCUCGCCUACCUCGCCACACACCCCGACAAAGACCCGUACGGCAACCCCGACCCGCCCGUGUGGCGGGUGCCGGGGAGCGGCGGCAGCAGCGGCAGUAGCAGCAGCGGAGGCGGGUCAGGAAAUGACACGGCAGCGGCGGCGGCUGGGUCCGACCCCACUCUAGUCAUGUACAUGAACUGCGGCCUGCACCUGCUGCACCUGGGCACGGCACGCCCCUUCGAGUGCCUGCCGCAGCAGGCGCUGUACGGCGCCGUGCUGCAGAACUUCUCACACGCGGCGACGGAGCUGUACCCGGGGUCCCACCAGGUGUUCAUGACGUCCAACAACAUCUGUGAAGGCCUGUUCACGGAGCCCUACGCCACGGUGGUCCGGGCCAUCCGGGCCAACCGCACCGCCGUCGUAGCCGCCUGCGUAGCCGCCACGCUCCACGACCGGAAGGUGGCGGGGCCGCUGCUGGCGGGCAACCUGGCCGCCGUCACGGCCGCCUGCCGCGAGGGGCUGUUCACCGGGGAGUCCACGCGGCGACUGCGGCAGCGCAUGAUAGCGGCGCUGGCGGCACUCAGCAGCAGCGGCAGUAGCAGCGCCAGCAGCAGCAGCAGUAGUAGUAGCAGCCAGGCACAGCAGCAGCAGCAGCAGGCGGGGAAAGCUGGAGAGGAGGAGCGGGAGGAGGGAGCUGGAGAGGAGGAGGGGGCGGAGCAGCUGGAGGAGCAGCCGGAGGAGCUGCCGCAGCAGCGGCGGCCAGGGGAGGAGGCGCAGGCGCAGGUGAUGCAGGAGGCGCGGGAGGAGGGGGUGCAGGAGCCCAAGGCGCGGGCGACGGCGGCGAUGCAUCGUGGGAAGGGUGCUGGGGUUCGCAGUGGUGGUGGGGGGGAUGGUGGGGAGGAGGAGGAUGCGGGGGAGUACUACUACGAGGAUUUGCUCGCGGCUUCGACGGCAGUGCGCGGCGGCGACAGCGACUAUGAAGGCGCCUACAUCAAGCGGCAGCAGCACGAGCAGAAGCAGCGGGGGAAACCGGAACAACGCGGCAGUAGCAGGCGCCCGCAGCACCACCACGCCGGCCACCGGGCACAGGAGAUGGUGCCUGCUGCUGCUGGUGCUGCUGGUGCUGCUGCUGACGGCGCGCACCCGCGCCACCACCACGGCAGCAGCCGCCAGCCGCAGCACCGCAAGGGGCUGCGCAAGCAACUCUCCGAGGCGCCCGCGACGUCAUCAUCCCAACCCUCCUCCUCCUCAGCCUCCUCUGGUGCCGGCGCUGUGACAGCAUCCGCACAGCACCCUCGGCAGUCGCGCAGCCUGCCCUCUGAAGCAAGCAGCAGCACCAGCACCAGCAGCAGCAGCAGCAUGCAGGAUGGUGCGGGGGUGGCCGGCGGUGUGAGUACCGGGUCGGCGCCGCCCUCCAUCGACCUGGUGGACGGCUGGUCGCUGACGGCGGGGCAGUGCUGGGCCAGCCAGACCAGUGACGGCCGCCACUACCCCUACCUGGUGCCGCUGCAGGUCAUGGAGCUGCUCCAGAUCCUGUACCGCCGCCUGCUACCGCCGCCCGCAGCGGCGCCCGCAGCAGCAGCACAGGCGUGAGGCGUGAAGCGUGUGAAGCGAGGCGCACGGGCAGCCCGGCCGUGCAUAGCAUUCAUUUCCAAGGGCACCAAGAAUAAGCGAUGAGGUGUUGAUGUGCGCGUGUGCGUGUCUGGUGCUCGUGUCGCUUAGGAGAGCGCAUUGUUGCAGUUGCGUGACGGACCAUUGACUGUGUAUGCGUACAUGGAGAAGCUAGACGUGCAAGUAUGGUAGUCAGUGUGUAUGACAGUGGCACAUUCUCGCGGUGAUGCAAUUGCGCGUCCCUGUGCGUGUCCUCAAGCAACGACCACGGGAAUUCUGGUCCCCCUGCAUUUAUGGAGGCGUGUAUCCAUGGCUAGCCCUACGUAUUUUAGCAUGCUACAUAUCAAGUAGUUAGACGACAACGGCACCCCAUGCGCACCAGCACAUGUGACCAAUUAGCACACAUAACAUAUGAAAGGCCUUGCAGUGGUUAUCCGCAUAGUUAGGUGCUACAACACUGCAGAGCGGGUGUGGACGUUGGAUCCAGAACGGCAGAUACGAGCAUCUCCCUCCUCGGAUGGGUGCGUCUGGAGCUGUCUGUCAUGUGGGAUUGACAGCAAUGAUGAUGACUGUAGGUAUGCGCCCGUGCUGAUGAUUUGCCAAGCAAGGCAGCAGGGCCACCAAGAUUUUAUUGCCUGGCACCACGGUUUUGCGGUUGGUGCCACAGAGAUUUUGCAAGGGAUGUUUGUGUGGCAGGGCAGGGGGCCCAGGGGUGCGUGGGCAUGCGCGUGGGUACUGCACCUGCGCCUCACGCACUGCACUGGCGGGUGCUAGCUAACUGUGGGGGCUGCAAGGAUGUUUGGAAAACGCGGUGGUGGGCGGGAUUUGGCCCCGCCGGCGCCAAAGCGCCAAUCAAGAACAUUCAUGUACUCGCGUGUGGGAGACCGACAGGAAUGGGUCAGGAGGCAGUGGUGCAUGUUGAGUUCAUGACCCAUGACGUGUUGACGGCAUACGGUAUCGACGAUGCUUAAAGGAAGCGGUAUGUCUGUAGCAUUUUGCCAACUGGGCA